AAACAGGGAAGGAAGCGCGGUUCCUUGAGCAGAAUCAAAGCCGAUGAACGAAUAAUUCUCUGUUCCUAGGCUGUCAUCCAAACAGGGAUCAUUGCUUAAAUCUCUUCCUCUUCUUCCUUCAACCCAUCUUUUUCACUUUUUUUUUUUCUCAUUCCCCUGUCUCAAUACACACAUAUAUAAAUAACCCAUUAUUCUCUUCAACAAUUCACAUCACAUUCUUCCACUUCAACUCAAUUCAACCCAUUAUUCUCUUCUUCUUUACAAUGGCUGGAAUCGGCUUCGAGGAUCUGCUUCCUGUGAUGGCCACCAAGCUUGGUGGGGAGGGCCUUAUGAAGGAGCUCUGCAACGGGUUUGAGCUUCUGGUGGACAAAGAAAAAGGGGUGAUCACGUUGGAGAGUUUGAGGGAAAAAGCUGCACUUUUGGGGUUGCAGGACUUGAAGGAAGAUGAACUUGUGAGCAUGAUGAGGGAAGGGGAUCUUGAUGGAGAUGGGGCACUCACUCAGAUGGAGUUUUGCGUUUUGAUGUUCAGGUUGAGCCCUGAGUUGAUGGAGGAAUCCUGGUUUUGGCUUGAAGACGCUCUCCAACAUGAACAACUCAACCAAACCACCAAUAACAACUCUUCCAUUUAGUUCUUACUUACUUCAUUAGGAACAAUAAUUCAUCACAGGGGCUUCCUCUGUUCUUAUUGCUGUUAAUUCUGACUUUUCUCUUCUCGAGGGCUUAUAUUCAAAAUAAUACACAAUUUUUUCAUACCCUGUUUUCUUUCUGUCUUCUUUUACGUUACAGAGUGGUUGUGGUUUUUGCUGAUUCGUGGUGGCGUUAGUGAACUCAUAUUUUCUAAAUAUGAAGAGUGUUCAAUGUUUUGCAAUCGAACUGUUUGUGUAAAUUCGUUACUGUGAAUUACCA